AUGCAGCAAAGUCUGUUGGAUGCGAUUCCGAAGGAUAUGGGCAGGCCCUGGGAGGACCCCAAACCCGAGGCGGGUGAGCGAACAAUCGCUCAGGCACUUCGAGGCCUCGGGCAGACCUCCUACGAGCUGCCAGAGUGGAAGAAGCUCUACAUCGGCAAGUCCGUGUCCUACGGCCAGAAGUCGGUAAAGCCGAUCAAGGAACAGAGAGAGAGCCUGCCGAUCUUCAAGCUACGAAAUGAGCUUCUCCAAGCCAUUCAUGACAACAAGGUGCUGAUCGUGAUCGGCGAGACGGGGAGUGGCAAAACCACUCAGAUCACUCAGUACAUGGCCGAGGCGGGUUACACCUCCCGCGGCGUCAUCGGCUGCACCCAGCCAAGACGUGUGGCGGCCAUGUCCGUUGCCAAGCGCGUGUCGGAGGAGUACGGGUGCCGGCUUGGCCAAGAGGUGGGUUAUGCCAUCCGUUUCGAGGAUCAGACAGGGCCCGACACUCUGAUCAAGUACAUGACAGACGGUAUGCUUCUUCGUGAGAUCCUCUCUGACGAUCAAGUCAGCAAGUACUCGGUCAUCAUGUUGGAUGAGGCGCACGAGAGGACCAUCUCCACCGACGUCCUCUUCGGCUUGCUGAAAGCAGCGGUGAGGAAGAGACCAGAGCUGAAGCUCAUCGUCACCUCGGCCACGUUGGAUGCGGAGAAGUUCUCGACUUACUUCUUCAACUCCCACAUCUUCACCAUCCCUGGAAGGACUUUCCCCGUGGAGAUCCUCUAUUCCAAGGAUCCUGAGCAGGACUACGUCGAGGCGGCGCUGAUGACCGUGCUGCA